AUGGUCGCCGAAAUCAUCACGACCAUCUCCCCCACCACCAACAAACCCAUCCUCACGCGCCACGGCCUGCCACCAGACGAGAUCCUCCGACUGGGCACCACCGCGCAACAGGCCUUCAAGUCAUAUGCCAAAUCCCACCCCACCCUCGAAAGCAGACAGAAGGUUGUGGCAAAGGCCCUGGAGAUCCUCUCACAGAGACAAGAUGAGCUGGCGCAGGAGUUGACCGAACAAAUGGGGCGGCCGAUCGCCUACACGGGCAAAGAAAUCUCCACGGCCAUCAAACGUGCCGAGUACAUGAGCAAGAUUGCGCCCGAGGUGCUGCAAGACGUCCCGGGAGAAGCAGAACCCGGCUUCAAGCGAUACCUGCGCAAGGAGCCCGUCGGCGUGGUGCUCGUCAUCUUCGCCUGGAAUUAUCCAUACCUGAUCAUGGUCAACAGUCUGAUUCCCGCGCUGCUGGCCGGCGACACGGUGAUUCUUAAGCCCUCGCCGCAGACGCCCACCAUAGUCGAACAUAUCGUGGACAUCUUCGCCGCUGCCGGCCUCCCUUCCAACGUCAUCCAGUAUCUACAUUGCGGCAACCCGACGGACCUACGCCCGUUGAUUCUGUCCCCGGACGUCAACCACAUCUGCUUCACUGGCUCUGUGGCGGCAGGCCUUGCGAUCCAAUCCAUAGCCUCGUCGCGGGUCUCGUGUUCCGUCGGACUAGAGCUGGGCGGCAAGGACCCCGCAUACGUCCGACCCGACGUGGACGCUGCAUGGGCCGCCGAGGAGAUUGUCGACGGCGCCAUCUUCAACUCGGGCCAGUCGUGCUGCUCGAUUGAGCGGGUUUAUGUCCAUUCCGACAUCUACGACGCCUUCGUGCAGGAAGUGAAAAAGAUCCUGGCAAACUACCGGCUGGGCGACCCGGCAGACAAAUCCACGCACAUCGGCCCCGUGGUGUCGAGCCGCGCCAAAGAUGCCAUCCUCAAACAAGUCGCCGACGCCAAAGCUGCAGGGGCCGUCGACGAGACUCCAGAAAACGCCACAUUUGCGUCUCUUCCGCCGGACGGCAACUUCGUCGCGCCAGUGCUCUUGACCAACGUCACCCACGCCAUGUCGGUUAUGCGCGAUGAGACUUUCGGCCCCGUAAUCCCUGUCCAGAAAGUCACUGGAGACGACGAGGCCGUGGCGCUCAUGAACGACUCGGAAUUCGGGCUGACAGCGUCGAUUUGGACCAAAGAUGUCGCCCGCGGCGAGGAACUUUCUCGUCGCGUUGAGGCCGGUACCGUCUUUGUCAACCGCGCCGACUAUCCCAGUCCGGACCUCGCCUGGACCGGCUGGAAGGAUUCUGGGAAAGGCGUGACGCUCAGCCAGUUCGGCUUUGACCAGUUUGUCAAGGUUAAGAGUUACCAUUUGAAGGACUACCCGAACUAA